AUGUCUAUUAGUGAGCAAUUGAAAGAGAAAUUUACAAAUGAAGAAACAACCAAUGAAGAACAAAAUAAUAGAGAUAAGCUAUAUGAAUUAUUAAAUGAGUCAAAUAUUAGGAAUAAUUUGGAGGUUUUGGAAUUUAUUAACAAUAAUGAAUUGACUUUAACAAAAGAGAUUUUAAAUGAAGAUGAAAUAAUUGAGAUGAUCUUAAAUGAAGUAAAUGAAAUAAAUGAUGAAUCAGGUGAGGGUACUGAUGAACCAGAAGCUACUGUAGGCGACAAUGAUGCCUUAGGAGCAAUCAAUAAAUUACUCAUUUAUAUUUAA